ACAUUUCCUCGUAUGGUUUACCGGCCAUAUGAACCGGAUCUUACAUAUCCCUAUGUGGUUGUACUUUCAACUUCAAAGCCCUAAAAGAUGUCCCCCAGUUUACGACGAUGUUUAUUUACAACCGGCGAUUGUAAUUGCCGACAGAAUUCGCAAUCAAAAACUGAAGAGUGUUUAUGUUGUGUCGAUGUACAUUGACAGAGCGAAAGAAGUCAACAAGGUACUCAAUGCCAUAGUGACAGAGCGGUUUAAAGUUGCGAUGAAUGAAGCGCAGCAUGCGGAUGAUUUUGUGAGGAACAGUGGAUUGAAUACGAAGGAACUAGAGGAGAGGUAUCCUCUGCUGGGAGUACCAGUGUCAGUGAAAGAGUGUAUUGCAGUGCAAGGUAUGAGUUGGGGAGUAGGAAGUAAGAUAAGACCUAGAAUUGCAACGCAAGAUGCGAAAGCUGUGGAGAUGUUGAAAGCGUCGGGUGCGAUUAUUUAUUUGGUGACAAACACGCCGGAACUUUGCAUGAAUUGGGAGUGUAUGAAUUAUGCUACUGGACGGACACUUAAUCCUUACGAUACGAGGAGAUCAGCUGGGGGAUCUUCCGGAGGCGAAGCGGCUCUCAUUGCUGCAUGUGGAUCAUUAAUAGGGAUUGGAUCUGAUAUGAUUGGUUCCGGAAGAGGUCCACCUAGUUUCUGUGGAGUGUAUGGACAUCGUACUUCUUCAAAUUUAACGCCUAUUGAAUUACAUAGUCCUUAUAUUCAACAUCAUGCAUUAUCUCUUUCUCCUAUCACUAGAUACGCAGUAGAUUUACCACUUGUAUUAAAAUGUAUUGUACCACCUGAAAAAAUCGAAGAAAUUAAAUUAUUUGAAGAGUUUGACGCAAAAACAAUACGUGUUUUCUACAUGUUUGGUAGUGGGAGUAAUUAUCCAACAACAAAAGUAAGCUCCGAAAUAGUCGCUGCAAUGAAAAAGGUUGUGGCCCACUUGGAAGAUGAUGGAUUCUUCACAGAAAACGUGCAAUUGAAGUCGUUUGCCGAUCAAUUCGACAUUGCUUACAUAAAUCUUUUAAGCAUGGAAGGUGCAUAUGAAGAGAUGUCAUACAAAAACAUUUCAUUAUUUGUGGAAUGGAUUCGAACAAUGUUUUGUAGUCCACGAAUUGUUUUGUCAAUACUUUUGUUUGAAAUGUUGUAUUUCUUCUCCAAAAUUCUGGGUAGUGAGGAGGUAUUUGAAAGACAUAAGAUAUUAUUGAAAGAAAUGAAAAAAGAAGUUGAGGAAAUGCUUGGGGAUGAUGGUGUGUUACUGUAUCCAACAUUUCCCAGUGUAGCGCCUGUUCACGGACAAAUCUACGCGAAAACAAUGGAUCCUUGUUAUAUGGGCAUAUUCAACGCGCUGGAUCUGACUUCUUGUGUGGUACCUAUUGGGAAAAAUUCUAAUGGAUUACCCAUAGGAAUACAAGUUGUUGCAAAACAAUUAAAUGACAGGGUACCAAUGAAACUAGCAAGAUACUUGGAGACUACUUAUGGAGGCUGGACACCACCUGAAUAUUCUACACCGCAUAAAAAAUAAUUGCUUAUCAAUUGCUUAUCAACAUUCCGUUUAUUUUAUUAAUACUGAUAAAAAAUUUUAAUCUUAUUUUAUCUGUGAUGCAAUGAUUAAUUUUUCGUUUUUAUCGUAUCUAUAUUUAAAUUAUUUGUAAGUGAAUGUUAUAAAUCAACACAGACGAAAAAACUGGUUGAGCACUCGAAAAUCAAUAAUAAUUGCAUCGAUCCCCAGCAACAA